AUGACGUCCAACAACAAAGAUCAAUUCCAUCCUUCAGCAGAUGUUAAUCGAUACUUGGCUAAUUCUGUCCAUAACUUGUUAUCCCUCAAGGGACGAACCGUUGUCAUAACCGGUGGGGCACGAGGACUAGGAUUGGCAUUCGCACUGGCAGUCGCUGAAGUUGGGGGCAACGUCGCCAUCCUUGAUGCAGCUCAGGAGCCUCACGAGCACUUCUACCAAAUUCAGAAAGAGCACGAUAUAAAGCUCAAAUACUACAGGAGCGAUGUAACGAAUUUUGAGGUCCUCAAACAGACUUUUGAUGGUAUUGUUGAAGACUUCGGCCGCAUCGACGGACUUGUCACUGCUGCGGGAAUUUGUCCCGAUGAACCCUUCUUGCAGCGAAACCCUGAAUCUGUAGCUAGGUGCAUCAGCAUCAAUGUCCUUGGAACUUACUUCGCUGCUCAACUGGCUGCCGCACAAAUGGUGAAGCAAGAGCCGACAGAGUUCAAUUCCCGUGGAGGCUCAAUUGUCAUGAUUGCUUCUAUUGCUGCGCAUGUAGCGAGCAAGGGUCAAACAACAAGUGACUAUUGCUCUAGCAAAGGCGCAGUGGUGUCAUUAGCUAAGGCGCUUGGUGUGGAGCUAGCUGCAGUCGGUAUUCGUGUGAACAGUAUUUCACCCGGAUAUAUGGCCACAGACAUGACUCUGGAUUUGUGUACUCGCAACCCUUGGCUUGGAGAGAUCAUGCAUAAUGAGCCGCCUAUGCGUCGAAUGGGCGACAGAACUGACCUCAAAGUCCCGGUAGUGUAUCUUCUUUCAAAUGCAAGCGCAUAUCAUACUUCGGACGAUAUUUUGAUUACAGGGGGUAUCCAUGCAGGCAGGUUGAUGUAG